CGGUGCCGUCAUGCGGCAUCCGGGAAAGAGAGGAGAGGGUACCUGACCGUACCUAUAACAUCAUAGCAUCACCUCCAAAUAACGCCUGCUGUCUGUCUGUCUAGCUGCUUACCCUGGAAAAUCAGCUUCUCUUCUACCCGUCUACCUCUGCCUAACCGACCUGGUUCAACGUGCGAUCAGAUUCCUCUCCAUCUGCCGGAGUCAAGCACAGGGGGCGGGGGGCAGUUCAAGCAUCUGAUUCUCGAGUUGGUUCUUCGGAGUUCUUCGGAAUGAAGGCGAUUAUUGCCGUCCCCGCGACCCUCGCGCUCGUCUAUCGAGCUUACGCUCACAAAUCUCUGACGCCACUUGGCAUCGUCGCGGCCGCCCUGACCGCUGCGGCGCAUGCCGUCCACCCUUGGAACUUGCCCUUCGUCCUCCUCUGCGUCUUCUUCCUCGCCGGAACCCGGGUGACCAAAAUCAAGGCCGAUGUCAAGGCCGGCCUGACCUUGAACUCCCAGGGCAGCUCUGGCGCCGAGGGCCCGAGGACUCAUGUGCAGGUGCUCGCCAACUCGCUCGCAGCCUCUCUCCUAUCCCUCCUGCACGCCUACCAGCUGCGCCUGCGGCGCGACGCCGCCGUUUCGCGCGGAGAAUCCUCGGAGGGCUCCUCCUGCUAUCAAUGGGGCGGCGACCUUCUCGUCGUCGGAAUCAUCGCCAACUACGCCGCUGUCUGUGCUGACACCUUCUCCUCCGAGCUCGGUAUCUUGUCGAGCAGCCCUCCGAGGCUGAUCACCUCUCUUUCGCUGAGAAAGGUGCCGAGGGGGACGAAUGGGGGCGUCACGCUUUGGGGGUUGGUCGCCGGCCUUCUCGGCUCUGUGAUAAUUGUGACAGCUUCUCUGGUUUUCCUUCCGCUCUGCGGCGAGGAUACCCAGGGAAAAUUCAGCGGUGGCGGUAGCUGGACCCUCAGCCGGAAGGCCACGCUAGCAUUAGGUCUGACCCUCUGGGGAGCGCUCGGUAGCCUUUUGGACAGCUUCCUAGGAGGUUGGUUCCAGCGGAGCGUACGGGACGUGCGGUCUGGGAAGAUCGUCGAGGGGGAUGGCGGUGUUCGCGUCAUCGCAUCCGGCGAUGUUGAUCCUUUCACCCACGAGCGUCCCGAGAAGACGAUAGCCGUCAUUACAGACCAGAUCCUCCACAGAGGAGGUAGCCCUGUCAGGAAGCGGUCCACUCCCGCCGCCGAGGUGAAAACCUCACCGGCUGGCGAUCCGUACGAUCCGAAGGACAAGCACCGCAGCUCCCACUUUGGCGAUAUGAAGCCUACGCGGGUAGCCGAGAGCGGAUUGGACUUGUUGGACAAUAAUCAGGUCAAUUUCCUCAUGGCAUUUAUUAUAAGUGUCAGCGCCAUGGUUGCGGCGGGUUGGUACUGGGGGCUACCCCUUAGAAGUAUCUUCAGGCCAUGAGAGUCAGGAUAGGUUACCAGUAAUGGGCGAAGGGCGGUCCGCCGUAGGGCUAGGCAUUCGCUCCUAAGAAUGAACGACCCCUUUCCCAUGGUUACCUUCUCCUCUAGGCCGCCGUAGGGAUAUGGUCAAUCGAUCUUGUACUGGUAUAGGUGAUAUUUCGCAUGGCUUGGGAUGAUGGGACACCGGACGGCUUUUUGUAGGUAGGCAGGAUACCGGCUCGGCAACGUGCUACGUACAUGCACAAUGAACUCGAGUACGCUGGUCUACCUCCUCGCGUCACAUCACAUGGCAACUAUGUAUUUGGUUUACAAGCCUCCGGUGCGCUUUGACUCCUAGGUGAUGGGGUUACGGACGAGAGUGUUGCGUAACUCCGCGUCAAAGGGCACCCGGGAACACGGAUGGUGUUCUCGGAUGGUGUUCGUAAAUUUCGCAUGUGAGGUGAGGUACCAACCUGAGGUCUCCCCUUGUUGUCGGCUCUAGGAGGCCCCAUGCGCCAUCAGACAAGAUGCCUACAAUAAUCGGCAUGGUGGGUGUUGUCUAGGUAGGUAGGUUGCUACAUGAGUAGCAUAUAUGUACGCAUG